CCAUUAACAGGGGGGUGAAGGUGGGCGUGGAUAAGCAGAGGGUAGCUCUCGGGGCAUGAAAACCUCUCCCUGCCUCGCUAAGCACGACGAACCGUGGGCUGAAGCAGUCAGGAGCGAGGAAGAAACCGAGAAAGGAGAAGACGCUUGGCUGCGGCCACCCUCAGAGGGCAGCAUGUCAAACGAACAGCUCGGGGCCUCCCCUGGAGGGCAGCGGGAUGUAGGGCGCGGCCUCGAGAACCUGCCCAUCAGUUCCUGGCCAGACGGGGAAGAGCCAGAGUUUCAGUAUACUCCUGAACAUGUGAUGGGACCUGGAGCAGAAGACGAUCCUACUCAAAUAACCUUUCCAGGAUGCACUUGUCUCUCAACUUCUUGCCUCCCUACCAUUUGUUCAUGUCUUCUUCAUGGGGAAAAUUAUGAUAAUUCAUGCCUCAGAGACAUAGAAAGUGAAUUAGAAUUUGCCAGACCAGUGUUUGAAUGUAAUGUCAUGUGCCAGUGCAGCGAACAGUGCAAGAACAGAGUAGUUCAAAGAGGUCUGCAAUUCAGUCUCCAGGUGUUCAAGACUGAGAAGAAAGGCUGGGGGCUUCGCACCUUGGAAUUUAUACCCAAAGGAAAGUUUGUCUGUGAAUAUGCUGGUGAAAUUCUAGGCUCUUCGGAGGCACGCAGAAGAAUACAACGACAAACAGAGCAUGACUCAAAUUACAUUAUAGCCGUAAGGGAGCACGUAUGUAAUGGCCAGAUCAUGGAAACCUUUGUGGAUCCUACCAACAUAGGGAAUAUUGGCAGAUUUCUUAACCAUUCUUGUGAGCCAAAUUUAUUGAUGGUCCCUGUCCGCAUUGACUCCAUGGUGCCUAAGCUGGCGCUUUUUGCAGCCAAAGACAUUUGGCCAAAAGAAGAACUUUCUUAUGACUAUUCAGGAAGAUUUCAUAAUCUCACAAAGAAUAAUGGAAAACAAGAAGUGCCAGAUAAAGACAAAAUGGGGAAGCCUUGUUAUUGUGGUACCAGAUCAUGUGCUGCUUUCUUGCCUUAUGACAGUUCACUGUACUCAUCCCUAGAAAAACAAACCUCAGGUUGAAAGAUCAAUUAAAAAAUAUGACAUGAGGCUACCAUUGAGAGUAAACAUAUAUAGUCCUAAAAAUUGUUUCCACAGUUAGAACCAAGAGGCAUUAAAAUAAGCAUAUUCUAACUACCAAAUACAGGGUUGGUUAUGUUUUCAUUUCAAACUAUUUUCUGAUUGAGAAUGGGACAGUAUUUCCAAAUCAUAAAAUGAAAAUAAGAAUGUAACAUCAAAGAAGAGAGAACUCUGAUAGCACCCAUUGAAUUGUGUGACAAUUUUAAAAUCCUGAGAGGCAUAGUUUCUGGGUAUUUCUAUUAUUUUAUUAAUAAUGCCAUCACAUUAUUAAUAAAAUUAUGGUCAUUUGGCCUUCUGUCUCAGACCAAAGGCCCCUAAUGGUGAUGACCUCACAGGUUAUGUGCUCUUUGAAGAGUACUGGUUCCUGAGGGGGUGCCAAUCAACUCUGAUUGGUUAACACAAUGGAAGAUUGGCUGUAUUAAAAUAAGGGUCUUAGGGUAGUGACUUAGGUCACCCAAAUUUUGGUCAAAGAGACAUCAAUUUCCAUAAUCACCUGUUUUAACAAAAGGAAGAAUCAACAUUUUCCCAGACCUCUUUGAGAAAACACAAUGAACAGGAAUACACAUAUUAUCCCAAACUUAGAAUUUCUUUUACUGUCUGAUUAAAUCU